GAAAUGGGGAAAGUAGAUGAGAGGGAGAAGGAAAACUGAAGGAGUCAGGAGAAGAGAGGAGAGCAGAGGGAAAAGAGAGAGCAAAAAAAAAAAAGAAAAAAAGAGAGAGAGCAAAAGGAGAGGACAGCUCAGCAAAUAAGCUCAGUAGCGUUCCUCUCACGGCUGCAGUGAUCCGGGCUGGGAGGGGAAGAACAAAACAUAUACCCAUUUUGAAUUGUUUUUCCCCGCGUUGUGAAGAAACCCGAGGACCCCCUGGAGAGGGAAGGGAACAAGAAGAGAGCCUAAAUCAGAGAGCUUCUGCAGCUUCCACGUGUCCUGCAGGGGAAGAUGGAUUCAGACUCCGGAGAGCAGAGUGACGGAGACCUCUCUCCAGGGCAGGAGAGCUUCAACUCUCGCUCCCUGGCCCUGCAGGCCCAGAAGAAGAUCCUGAGUAAGAUGGCGACCAUGGUGGUGGCCAACAUGCUGACCGACGACACGAGCAGCGAGAUCUUGGAUGAGCUCUACAAGGCGAGCCGGGAGUUCACCAAGAGCAAGAAGGAGGCCCACAAGAUCAUCAAGGACGUGAUCAAGAUCGCCCUGAAGAUCGGCAUCUUGUACCGCAACCACCAGUUCAGCCCCGACGAGCUGGACACAGUGGAGCGCUUCAAAAAGAAGAUGAACCAGGCGGCCAUGACGGCGGUGUCGUUCUACGAGGUGGAGUACACCUUUGACAGGAAUAUCCUGUCGGAGCUCCUGCUGGAGUGCAGGGACCUGCUUCACGCCCUGGUCGAGCAGCACCUGACCGCGCGCUCGCACGCGCGCAUCGACCACGCUUUCAACCAUUUUGCCCACGGCGACUUCCUGGCCGAGCUGUACGGGGACGGAGAGGAGUACAGACUCUCCCUGAGGAAGAUCUGCAAUGGCAUCAACAAACUGCUGGACGAAGGAACGCUUUAACCCCCUCACCCCUGACCGCUUUCACCUCCAGCUCUUGUUCCUCUUGCUCGUCUUCUCGCUGGUCUCUCCUGCCUCCUCCUGUUUCCUUUCCACUUGCUCACCCGUGACCGCUCACAUCCUCUACUGUCCUUUUUUUUUUUUUUUUUUGCUCUUGUCUUCCUGUUUGUGCUUCUGCAUCAAUUUCAGUGGAGCUUGUUGUAACAUCCUGAUGCAGUUGGGCGACGCGGGAAUCUUUUUUUUUUUCCAUGACUGUCUUUGCACUCAGUGACUCAUUGCUGCACACUGGGACAACCUGUUUCAAGCUGUACGCGUUACAUGUCAUUCUCUUUGUUCGCAAAAGUGUACUGUACCAAUGGCCAAAAAAUAUACGUUAGGUAUACUGUAUUUGGAUAUGGAAGAUAAUCAGUAGUAGUGAUCUGUGUGUCGCUCUCUGUGUGUGUGUGUGUGUGUGUGUGUGUGUGUGUGUGUGUGUGUGUGUGUGUGUGUGUGUGUGUGCGUGCGUGCGUGCGUGCGUGCUCAAAUAAUGUGUUUGUACAUAAGAACAACUAUGACAUGGUGUGUGUAGUAUGUGUCAGUCCUACGUGUCAGUCUUCUCUACAAGGGUAUAACACUUGACUUUUAUUAAAGAUUUCUUGUAAACA